AUGGAUCCGUCGGAUCUGAAAUGCGAUACCAGAAUAUGGGAACCAGUUUCUGGUGACCGGCCGCGGUUCGUCAGCAGUCUAAGGUCGGUUUGGGCCCGGCAGCCAUCUGAAGACGCGUUGCCCCGGUACGUCCAGGACGGUCUCGCACGAAGAAGAGCUCGUGCAGAUGCGAUUUACGAACAAGUCACGACAGCCCCCUACCCGCCGAACCGUGUGGCCCCAUUGCUUUCCCGACGAAGUUCCCGCCGAAGCGUGACACCUGUACCCAGAGCCACGGCAGUACCACGAGCACGAAUUCCCACCAAUGACGCGGAGAAAGCACAGGACCACGGCUCGGCCCUCUCUCCCUUGGCUCUACGCCCACGAUUGCAAUCGCACCAGCAGCGUUGGUCGCAGCCCGAGUCGGAAACCGAACCGCACCCAGAAUCGCGGAACCAGCGGAACCAGCAGAAUCAGAGUCAGAACCAGGACCAGAGUCAGAACCAGUACCAGGCAUCUAGUCAUACACAGAACCAGGACCAGUACCAGGCAUAUAGCCAGGCACAGAACCAGUACCAGGACCCAUUUAUUCAGGACCAGAGUCAGGACCAGAACCAAUACCAGAACACCUACGCAUACCAGAAUCCGAACUUGAACCCGAACUUGAACCCGGACUUGGACUCGAACCCGUAUCUGAACCCGCAUCUGAACCCGCAUCUGAACCCGUAUCAGAGUACGUAUCAGAACCUGGGACAGCAUCAUGAACACAACCCAUACGCAUACCAAAACCCGAUGCAGAACCCGUACCAGGACCCAUACCAGGAACAACACCGCCAGCCGCAGCAGAAUCCCGCGCCAGUAAGAGCUGAGCCAGAGACGACACUCGUCCCCUACCAGCCCGGAUACAGAGGCGACAUUAACAACCCACGCAACCAGGGAGCCACUAUUCCCGAGGCCGAAAACUGUGCGGUUUGGAUCUCCAACCUGCCCCCUUCAUGCACAAUCAACCUUCUUGCAAAGAGCCUCCUCAAGACCGGCAAAAUAUACGCAAGCAACAUAACACCGCCCAACAGUGGCCACGAGACCGCGGCGGCCAAAGUCGUCUUUUUCCACCGCGAGGCGGUGGAUGUGCUUUUCAAGCGGCUUGCUGCCAUUGGCGGCAGCUUGGACGUCGGCGGCUAUGCAGCGAGGAUGGUUCCAAACUUUAUCAAAGCAGCGGCGCAACAAGAGACGGUCACUUCCCGUGUGCUCCUAAUAUCCGGACCGACCAGCGUGGUCAUUGAGCAGACUUUGAGCGAUCUCUUCGCACGACACAACAUUGCUUACGACACCGAUGCGCUAAUCAUCAUACGAGAGAACCAUGUUCGGCAAACGCGGACGCUGGAGUGGCGCUUUGCGUCAUUCCGGGCUCAGGCGUCGGCCGCCAUGCGGGCCCUUCGGGCCAAGAAGAACGACGUGAACGCGACUGAUGACGAGAAGGCCGCCUGGACUCAAGUCAGUGUUAGAUGGGGAAGAGACCCAUGCGAGUGA